AUAUGCUCUCUCAUGUGCGCAAGAUUGCCCCGGAUGUAUUUUGCGUGUGCUGCCUGUGCUCUGUGAUUCAACAACAGAGCGGAAAGACCGGUGAGAGAUGCCGCUACCCGUGCAAGUGUUUAAUUUUCAGGGGCCUGUUGAGCCCAUGCAGAUAGAUGGAGAUCCUCAGGACGACCAGCAAAAUGAGCCUCACAUUAACUAUGUUGUGGAGAAUCCCUCCCUGGACCUGGAGCAGUAUGCUUCGAGCUACGGAAGUUUGAUGCGGAUCGAGCGGCUGCAGUUUGUGGCCGAGCACUGUCCUCAGCUACGCACGGAGGCCCUGAAGCUGGCCCUGUCCUUCGUGCAGAGGACCUUCAAUGUGGACGUGUACGAGGAGCUGCACCGCAAACUCGUGGAGGCCAUCCGUGAAGGCCAGGCGACAGUGGAAGACGCGCCCGAGGGCAGUGGGGAGGACUUCCCGACGCUGGAUGCGGCCUGGGCCGAAUCCACCCGCAAGAAGGCCCUGCUGAAGCUGGAGAAGCUCGAUACUGACCUCAAGAACUACAAAGGCAACUCCAUCAAAGAGAGCAUCAGGAGGGGUCACGACGACCUGGGUGACCACUAUCUGGACUGUGGCGACCUCAGCAACGCCUUAAAGUGCUACUCCCGCGCCCGAGACUACUGCACCAGUGCCAAACACGUUGUCAAUAUGUGUCUGAACGUCAUCAAGGUCAGCGUUUACCUCCAGAACUGGUCACACGUCCUCAGCUACGUCACGAAGGCCGAGUCCACACCAGAAAUAGCCGAGCAAAGGGGAGAGAGAGAUGGCCAGGCAAUCUGCACCAAAUUAAAAUGUGCUGCAGGUCUGGCAGAGCUAGCCUCCCGGAAAUAUAAGCAAGCAGCCAAAUGCUUUCUGUCUGCAUCGUUUGAACACUGUGACUUUCCCGAGCUUCUUUCCCCUAGUAACGUAGCCGUAUAUGGUGGCUUAUGUGGCCUUGCCACCUUCGAUCGGCGCGAACUACAGAAGAAUGUCAUAUCAAGCAGCUCUUUUAAGUUAUUUUUAGAGCUGGAGCCGCAGGUUCGAGAAAUAAUCUUCACAUUUUACGAGUCAAAGUAUGCUUCCUGCCUGCAGAUAAUGGACACAGUAAGAGAUAAUCUGCUGUUGGAUAUGUACCUGGCACCGCAUGUCCCUGCACUUUAUGCCCAGAUCCGGAGCAGAGCCCUCAUACAGUACUUCAGCCCAUAUGUGUCUGCUGAUAUGGGGAAGAUGGCGGUGGCCUUCAACACGAGCCUGCCGGCGCUGGAGGACGAGCUGACCCGCCUCAUCCUGGACGGCACCAUCAGCGCCCGCAUCGACUCCCACAGCAAGAUCCUGCAUGCGCGUGACGUGGACCAGCGCAGCAGCACGUUUGAGCGCUCGCUGCAGACCGGCCGUGAGUUCCAGCGCCGCGCCACGGCAACCAUCCUCCGAGCGGCCGUCCUCCGCAACCAGAUCCACGUCAAGUGUCCCCCCAGAGAUGGAGGUCAGGAGCUGGGCGCGGCCAUCAGCCAGACGCGGGUCAGCACCAACGUGUGACCUCGACCCGACCCCGAUCCCCGAUGGAGGGAGGGGGAGCCCCCCCCCCCUCUCUCUCCAUCCGCCUGUCUCUCUCAGUGGCUCCCCCCACUUCAGCCAGAGCCUGGCUUGCUACCCUAAUCCAACUCUUCCUCCUCCUCUUCCUCCCCUCCUCCUCCUCCUCUUCUUUCCCUCCUCCUCCUCAUCUUCCUUUUCCUCCUCUUCUUUCCCUCCUCCUCCUCUCCUCCUCCUCUUCUUCCUCGUCUUCCUCCU